GUGGCUGUCUAUAAAGCACCGGAGGAGGGACAGGGGUGUCACUUUCCAGAAGGACAGUCGGACAGCCAGCCAGCCGCAUCAACCCCCCUCAGUCAGUAUGUCUAUCACUAAGAUCCAUGCCCGAGAGAUCCUCGACUCCAGAGGAAACCCCACUGUGGAGGUGGACCUCUACACCGCCAAAGGCCGUUUCAGGGCAGCCGUGCCCAGCGGUGCCUCUACCGGUGUCCAUGAGGCUCUGGAGCUGAGAGAUGGAGACAAGUCACGCUACCUGGGAAAAGGUACCGUUAAGGCUGUGGAUCAUGUAAACAAGGACAUCGCUGCCAAACUGAUUGAGAAGAAGUUCAGCGUUGUUGACCAGGAGAAGAUUGACCAAUUCAUGCUCGAGUUGGACGGAACUGAGAACAAGUCUAAGUUUGGAGCCAAUGCCAUCCUGGGCGUGUCUCUGGCGGUCUGCAAGGCAGGAGCAGCAGAGAAGGGAGUGCCCCUGUACCGACACAUCGCUGACCUGGCCGGACACAAGGACGUCAUCCUGCCCUGCCCCGCCUUCAACGUGAUCAACGGUGGUAGCCAUGCUGGUAACAAGCUGGCCAUGCAGGAGUUCAUGAUCCUGCCCAUCGGAGCGUCCAACUUCCACGAGGCCAUGAGGAUCGGAGCUGAGGUUUACCACAACCUGAAGAACGUGAUCAAGGCCAAGUACGGAAAGGAUGCCACCAACGUAGGAGAUGAGGGCGGCUUUGCACCCAACAUCCUGGAGAACAACGAGGCUCUGGAGCUCCUGAAGUCAGCCAUUGAGAAGGCCGGCUACCCAGACAAGAUCAUCAUCGGCAUGGACGUGGCCGCCUCUGAGUUCUACAAGGCAGGAAAGUACGACCUAGACUUCAAGUCACCUGACGACCCUGCCAGGUACAUCACCGGGGAUCAGCUGGGAGAUCUGUACAAGAGCUUCAUCAAGGGAUAUCCCGUCCAGUCCAUUGAGGAUCCCUUCCCCUCUAACUCCUCUCCUCUUCCUCCAGUCCAGUCCAUUGAGGAUCCCUUCGAUCAGGAUGAUUGGGCUGCAUGGUCAAAGUUCACCGCCGCCGUCGACAUCCAGGUGGUGGGAGAUGAUCUGACAGUGACCAACCCCAAGCGUAUCCAGCAGGCUGUGGAGAAGAAGGCCUGUAACUGCCUGCUCCUCAAGGUCAACCAGAUCGGCUCCGUCACAGAGUCCAUCAAGGCGUGUAAGCUGGCCCAGUCUAACGGAUGGGGUGUGAUGGUGUCUCAUCGCUCCGGAGAGACAGAGGAUACUUUCAUCGCUGACCUGGUGGUCGGACUCUGCACUGGACAGAUCAAGACUGGGGCCCCCUGUAGAUCAGAACGUCUGGCCAAAUACAACCAGCUGAUGAGGAUUGAAGAGGAGCUUGGAAACAAGGCCAAGUUCGCCGGCAAGGACUACCGUCACCCCAAAAUCAACUAAACCCUCCAUCUCCUCCUUUAAUCCCUCUACCACCGCUGACUGUCUACCCUCCUCUUGGGGUCAGAAGAAGACAAAUUUCCACUUUUUAUGUUUUUUAUCUUCGGCCCUUCCAUCCCCCCCCCCCCCCCCCCCCCCGUUACGAGUGACUGUUUUGACGAAACGUGAGAAAUAAAACCAAACUAAAUUUAAA